AUGCGGCGCUACUUCAUGCCGGAGGAGGAGGGGGAGGAGGAGAGCGGAUGUCCUCCCUCUCUUCCCCUCCGCAUGAAACACUUCGAUGUCUCCCUCCCCAAAGAUCAGCAGAACCAGGAGGGCCCUGCAGACUACUUGCGCUUCUACUACUGCGAUUUCCUCAAUGCGCAAGAGCACGAAGAAUCGCUCAACGGCCUGCGAGAAGCCUGGGAGAAGAAGAAAGAGGACGCCAAGUUGUUCUUCGAGUGGAUAUCGCACGUUCAACCGCGAGCUAAGACCGAUGCCUAUCCUCUCUUCCUCAUCGUGCAGGAGAUGCUGCGACUGUGCCUGCACGACAAGCUGGAGAUGCAGUUGGCAGAGUUGAGUACAGCGCAAGAGACUAUAGAGAUGAUGGACGGAAACACAGUCGAGCUCAACGAAAAGAUUGAGAGGCUGGAAGAAGAGCUUGAAAUCACCAGCGAGAACCUCAAGAUAGCAAGAGAGGACCUCGACAAGGAGAGGAACUUGAACAAGGCCCUGCAGACGGAGCUUGAGGACCUCAGGAUCCAAGUGAAGUCGCAGGACACGGAGAGCAGACUCAUUAUCCAAAGCAACGAAAGACUUGCCAAGACCCUCAAGGAGACAGGCAAUAAACUCGAAAAGAUGAACUUCGGCGAGCUUGCUUUCAAGUCCAAGCUUCAUGCCAUGGACAAAUCGCUUGAAGCUGAGAGAAGUUUGGUGCUUGACUGGCAUGAUGCUGCAGAGCAUGCCAUCGCUCAGAUCAAAUUGGGCAUAAAUGAUGAUGGCAAGCAAAGUUUGCAUCUUGAAGACGCUGAGAAUGCAGCAUACCAAGCUUCGCACGAGGCGUUGGUUCACGCGCACCUGAUGCUUCAGUUCUCAAGGUUUGCAAACAUCUCGGAGAUUGAGGGGCAAGAUCAACUCGAUGACUCUCACUUGCAGAAGAUCCUGCAGCUCGUUCCUGAGAUGAUUGCCUGCGUCUUGCAAAUCAAAUGUGCCUACCUGGCUGAGCGAAUGCAUCAGACGCCUGUCCUCAAUGAGAAACUGAAGUUGGGAAAGAGUGAAAGAAGGCUGGACAGGGCAAGUGAGGAGAAGUUCUUGUAUGUAGCCGCAUCGAGUGCAAACAGCUUUCUCGUCGGUGAGAUGCUGCCAAGGAGCUCGAUCACAUAUUCUCACUUUGUGAACGAGAAGAAGAGCAAACCGCUGGUUAUCUUCGGCCCCGAGUCAUCCAGUCAGCUGCAUCGCUUCAACAAGACGGAGGAGGACGGAGACAAGAGGAGCUGCACAUACAUUGCAGUGCCAGUCUUCAACCAGCAAGGAACGCUCUGCGCAUUCGUCGCUGUGGAUUCUCUACAAAUCGACUCACCGGUGCCAGACUUGAAUGUGAAAUGGAAAAUCGACUUUCUAAGAUCGAUAGCGAAAUUUCUUGGAAAAGCGUAUGCAAUGCAUGAAGGGCUAGGGUAUGACCUUGAGAGCUGUCAUGGUCCUGUGCACUACGCGAAGAGAAUGUUGGAAGUAACGAAAGGAGUGCCUGUUGAAACACUUGCGGAUUAUGACGAGAUCAUCUUCGAGGAAUUGGAUGCUCCAUUGAUUUCUUCUUUGGCAGAAAGAGGGCAGAAUAUGUUCGGCUAUUUCAAAGAAGAAAUCCUUCGAAGGAGAUACUUUGUGAACACAGUCUCAGAGUUGUAUUCAGCCAAGGUUGAGGACCUCGUACAACUCAAGCGCGCCAUGGAGGAUGAAACUUUCAACCAUCAAUACAACAAGCGUCGAUUGCGGUCUUGCGUGCACAUUCCCAGCCCUCCCCCAGAGACUAUCAAGGUUUGGAAAGCAGUUCUCAUCCUGCUGAAACAAUUCGAAGAACAGCCUGAGAAGCUCGAGGCUGAGCCCAUGGAGACCUGGUCCUACAUCCGAGGAAUCCUCAUCGAUGAAAGACAUUCACGAGACAAGCUAUCCGUCUUGAUAGAGAGCUUUGAUCCAACCAAGACGCAUGAGGAGUCUUUUGACAGGAGAUAUGACCUCACUCUCCGUCAAUUCACUUCCAUUCGUCACUCCGCCCUGCUCCGGGAAGGAUUUCCGACGGUGUUUCUAUACGAGUGGGUCUACAUCACGUUGUGGAUUUGUACGCUCAGCAAAGAAAUGAAUCGAUUGCAGGCAGAGGGAUAA